GCUGCCCCUAGUGCGCUUGACAGACCAUGUCGCGUUAGCUCUGCGAGUUUGGCAGCGAGCGGUCCUUAUUUAAGGAGGGGACGCCUCUGGUCCACGAGUGGAGCCGGCGUCCCGUACGAGCUGCGGAUUCCACGUGGCGAUGGGGACUCUGCGAGCAUCGCUGUUGUUUCUCACCAUCAGUGCGGCACUUGUGUCUGCGGCUGACGGUGGCAAAUGGGCACGAGCGGACAACGGCUCUCUAGCCAGCAGCAGCGUUGCCGUUGAAAUAAUCCCCACCAAUGGUGUCACCCCGCUGAAAAAACGGACCAAGUACCCCAACUUCUUCAGUACUUCCGACGACGGUGGCAUUACGAUUAACAAGAAGACAUGCUUAAGACCACACGACUGGACCACCUGUGCCAAAAAUCUAGUAUAUGCAUGCUGCAAAAAGUACCCGAGAUCCUGCCUGGAGAUAAAACAGACGACGCAAUCAACCAAAGAUGGCAUCUACUCGCUGCAGACGAAGGAAGGAAAGCUCUACCAGGCGUUCUGCGACAUGCACACCAAGGGAGGGGGCUGGACCCUGGUCGCCAGCGUCCACGAGAACAACAUCGCGGCCAAGUGCGCCAUCGGCGACCGCUGGUCCAGCCAGCAGGGCAGCAACGCGUCGCCGACCUUCGUGGAUGGUGACGGGAACUGGGCCAACGUCAAUGUCUUCAACAAGAUCCAUUCCGCCACCGACACCGAUUACAAGAACGAGGGAUACUACGACCUUGACGCGGAUGAUAUCGCGAUAUGGCACGUCCCAAAUGGGACACCGUUGCUCCAGUGGAAGCAGUCGGCGAUCCUGCGCUACCACACGGAAGUCAGCUUUCUGGAACCCCUCGGGGGGAACCUUUACUCCUUAUACAAGAAUUUCUACCCAUUGAAGUUCGCUUCAGGCGUCUGUCAAAUCAAUAAUGGACCUUUUUACCCAAUAGUUUACGAUUUUGGAAACAACAAUGUUGUCAACUCACUCAUCUGCCCUAACUGUAUAGGUGAAACACGGCCAGGGUUUGUGCAGUUCCGAGUGUUCAACACGGAGAGAGCCCCAUUCGCCAUCUGCUCCGGGGUCAUGGCUCUCAAGUGCAACACCGAGCAUUACUGCAUCGGCGGCGCGGGAUACGUUCCGCAGCAGUCUCCGAGACAGUGCGGCGACUUCUCCGCCUUCGACUGGGACGGCUACGGGACGCAGAUUAGCUGGAGCGCCUCCAAGCAGCUGUUGGAGGCAUCCGUACUCAUCUACUACCGCUGACGAAUUUAAUUUUGUUGGGUUAGGCUAGGCAAUAAAUAACGGCAAGACUUGGAUUACAAAAGGCCCUUUUUGCAAACCCGUCGUAGCCGAAAACUAAAUUUUCACUUCCACAAGCGUUCAAUGCACCGAUUGUUGUUGCAUCUCACUGGAUAGUUUUAAGACCAGUUAUCACGAUCAAAUUAGGCAAUUGGAUGAGGGCCAAUGUGUUCGAAACGAUGUCAAAAUACUAGGUCAGAAUAAAAUCCGGGAAGUCAUUCUAGCUUCUUGGAAGUCAUUUCAACUUGAUUCUGACUUUCAGGAUUUUAUUUGGACUUCCGGGAUGUCCUUAAGGUGGUUGAUGUUUUUAAGCGAAUUUUUAGUAUCAUUCCUGCUAAAUUAGGUUGCUAGGAUUGUUCUUUAACUCUUACAGUAAGUGUGAUUAAAUAAUUAUAAUUGGAGCGUUGUUAAACGCUUGUAACGUGACCAUUUAAUUUGUUUUGCUUAGAUGGAGGCUCUUAAUGACACAAAUUGUUCCAGAUCAUUAUCCAAAAAUCGAUGAUUAAAUCAUACAGGGCAAUGAAAACCUGAACGUUGAGUCUACUACAGUUGCCACGAUAUGGAGCUUUUACAAUAUAUCACAAAAUAUAGAGGUAACAGAUAAUCACGUCAUGCGUUUUGUACAAUAUCAUUACAUGGUCAUUACCCAUUCAACCGCGUGCCUUACAAACAUGUUUUUUGAGCAAUUGGUGGCUUAGCAGUUAUGCGAUGUCAUCAUUUGAUUGUUGUCUGGAGCGCUCUUACUUUCAAUAUUAGGACGUCACUGGGAGCUACGCACUUUUAAAUCAUCUAGAUUAAAAACUAAUUUCUUUAGAACUGCUCUUUGUGUUUAGUUUGUUACCCUUCUCCCGCACCUCCAAUUAGUGCGGUUGGCUACGUACGGUGUGAAAGACGUUUAACAUACAU